AUUCUAUUUCGUUCAUUUCAUUCCUCUUACAAAGAUGGGAUAUGACGGGUGUCUAUCGUAAAUUCGUAAAAAAAACCAUUUUGUUCAACUAUUUUAGUUACGAAAAUAUUUUGUGACAAGACAUUGUGAGUUCGCGUGUGUGUCUGUGUUAUAUUUGUGUGUUAUUAAUAAUUUUGAACCACGUUUUUCAUCAUAUUUGCUGCUCAACGUAAUUUGAUUCAAGCCAGCCAAUCAAACAAGACUGACAUCUACAUAGUAUUAUGUAGCAACAUAUAUUUUAACUUAGAUAUAUUACAUUCCAAUGUAUCAAAACUUUAUAUUAUGAGAUCUGGCCAAAGUUUUUUAAAUUAACGACUUAAAAAAUCAAAAUGUCGACUCCUGUCAAGUCGGUUUUGGAAGAGAACGAAGGAGACGAAGCGAAAGAGAAGCUUCUAGAAGGCAAUCAAGUGUUGGUCGUGCCAGCGGCCGCGCAAAAUCAAGAUGGCGGAUUGGCAGCUGUCAAAUCGUCGAAGAAAGUAAAGUUACCAGAAGACUCGAAUGCGGUAUGCGGGGGCCGGUUCACUAUCGGUCCGGCGCCGGAACGCGACUGGGAGAUGGUACCACCUGACGGGAAGUGGGGAUGGUGCGUUCUCGUAGGUGCAACGUUAGUGAAUAUCUUAAUUCCGGGUACAAUCAAAUCCUUCGGCGUUCUAUUGGUGGAGUUCAAUGAUGUGUUUCAAUCAAGCGCGUCUGCAUCAUCAGGCAUCGUGGCACUUUGUUAUUUCUUGUACAGCAGUUUGGGACCUCUAUCGUCGAUAUUAUCAGUGAAAUGGUCGUAUAGGACGGUGACCCUUAUAGGGGGCAGUUUCGCUGCGUUCGGGAUGAUAUUCAGUAGCUGUGCGUUCUCUAUUACUUACUUGUACUUCAGUUUUGGUGCAAUGGUAGGUACGGGCGCUGGUCUAGCGUUCCCCCCGACGGUGUACAUUGUGACGUCAUACUUCGUCCGACUACGAGGUCUGGCCAAUGGUAUCUGCAUGUCUGGCAGCGCCUUCGGCAGUAUCAUUCUACCGCCCGUUUUGAGGUACCUCCUUGAAGAAUAUGGAUACAAAGGAGCAGUCCUAAUCCUCGGCGGUAUAAUGCUGAACGUAUGGGCAGCCGCGUUACUCUUCCAGCCAGUAGAAGAACAUAUGGUUAGGAAAUAUAAGGAACCGGAAGAAGAUGAAGAUGGUCCUCAGUUGGAACCCUUCAUAGAAGAAGACUCCGGUGAACUAGAAGAUUCGGAAAACCCCAAGCUGACUCUGACACCAGAAGAGGCGACCCCGAAUGACAAACACCUCAACGGGUCCCCUCCAAUCUUCAAAAAUCAAUCCCACGUCGCAUUAGAAGAAAAUCCAAAACAGGAUUUCGCGAGAUCUGCUAGCGCUGUUCAGGUCACUUCCAAAGACGUGGAUCGAACCCGGAAACCGACUCCGGUUUCAUCCAGACAUGGUCUUCAGAACAUAUCAAGCAAAAGCCAUUUACCAAGUAACCCUUCGCUCUUAGAAUCUGUCCCAGAAGGUCGUAGUCGGGUUAACUCCCAAGAAGCGUUUGGCAAAAAAUUGGGCGUGCCAAAAACUCCCAAACGUAGUCCGUCUACUUCGAGUUUCCAAUACAUGUCUACGCCGUUCCACGGGUCCACGUUAUCGGCUUUUGAGAAACCGAGCGAGUUCGCCUCCCAAUUCAGUUUGAAAUCAGUUACCGAUAGUUUAGCACCCAUCAGUUACUGUUGUGGUUGCAAAAAGAAAUCUAAAGAAGAUGAUGCCAAAAAGGAACCCAGCAAAUACUUCGACAUACAAUUACUCAAAGACCCAAUUUAUUUAGUCAUUCUCAUAUCGAAUUGUACGUGCGCCAUUUCCUAUACAAAUUUCAUUAUUCUCGUACCUUCUUACGCCAAAGAAUGCGGUUUCGAUAAAUCGCUGGGAGCUUAUUUGCUCUCAAUAAUAUCCGCGCUGGAUUUGGUCGGUAGAAUCGGUGGAUCAGCGUUGUCUGAUUUAGUAUUGACUCCUAAACGUUAUUUCUUCAUUUUCGGUCUGUUAUUGUCAGGUAUAAGCUUAUCAAUGAUACCUUUAGUUUCAAGUUAUUCGGCUAUCAGUGCGUUUUGUUCCAUUUUCGGUAUUGCAUCGGGGAUCAACGUUGGAGUCACCGCUCUGGUUAUGACGGAGAUGUUGGGUACCGAACGAUUAAUGUCAUCCUACGGUAUAAGUUUAUUUGUAAACGGCAUAUUGCAGUUGAUCGGACCUCCAAUAUGCGGGUUCUGGUUUGAAUACACGCAUUCUUACAAAUCAUUAUUUGUUACCCUAGGAUUCGUUUUAAUUUUUGGCGCUGCCUUAUGGGGUUUUGUCCCUUUCAUACAUAGGAGAAGGCGGUUAGCGCAACGGAAUAAGGACGGUGUUGAAAAAGCUUAGCUACCUAUACAAUUAUAUUCACAACGGGACCUUUUGAACUAGGAAUGAAUUUCUAAAGAAUAUAUCACUCCUAUUAAAUAGUAUUUCCAAUUCAAAGUGCACCUUAUAGUAGCGGUUUUAAAUGUUUUAUCCUCUCGUUGUAAAAUAUGGCGUUACAAUAAUAGUGUGAAUUUAUUGUGAAAUAAUUAUGUGAUUUAAGUUACCCAGUGUAUCUUGGACCGCUUCGUUUUUGGGGUCAUCCAUUAAUCAUUGUGUUUUUUGGCACAAUUAAGGCAAAGUGCUUUUAGGAAGAUCAAAAUGGAUUCAUCAAAAAAAAAAACUCGUGAUAUAUACAGUU